UCAGCAGUCAAGCGCAUGCACUUGUGCAAUCAUCACCGUGUUCAUUGAUCCAGAGACUCUAAACAUCCCCAACCUAACAAGACAAACAAAAAAAACUCUUAUUUAUUUGUCAGUUAGUCACGACUCAACUUACAUGCAGCGAAGAGGUUUGAAGUACUGACUGGGGUCGGGGAGUUGGAUACAGCAUUACCAAGGAUUUGUUUUUCGCACUAUCGCCAUUGAUCACCGCCAUCCAUCCAUCGCGCUGCCCGUCAGAGAGAAGAGACUGCGGGUGUAAUUCUCAUCGGAUACCUUCACGCUGUCACUUAUUAAUGACAACCCCGAGUAACUGCUAUGACAGGUAAACUAGCGGAGAAGCUCCCCCUUACCAUGAGCAGUUUAAUCAAUACAAUUCCUGACAGCCUGUAUCCAGAAGAGGACAUCCCGACUUCUAUGAACAUUUUCACCAGCACGGAUUCUAUUUCCCACUAUUCGCAAAUGAACACAGAUAACAUCAUGGACAUGGGCAUGGGGAGCGAGAAGGGCUCGUCGGAGGUGGGCUACGGCUCUGGCUUCCCCUCCGGACGCAGCGGUCAGACGGUCACCUACCUGGGCAAGUUCGCCUUCGACGCACCCCCCUCCGGGAGCCUGGGCGGCUCGGGCUGGUGCUCCGACAACAACAUUAUCAGCCUGGUCAGUGCGGGCAUCCUGGGCGUGUCACCGUCGCCGGGCACCAUCACCACCACGCAGACCUCCUCGUCCGGAGGAGGUGGAGGCGGGGGAGGAGGAGGUGGGGGGCCGCCGGGGAGCAUGGGGGGCGGCCAGACGCCGGUGUCGGAGAUGGACGGCGGUGCGGGACAGGUGUACGGACCCCCGCUGCCCGCCUACUCCACCUGCAGCGAGAUGUACCAGGAGCAGGUGUCGUUCCACCCCAGCCCUGUGGGCGUCACCACCGGCGCCCCGCUGCCCUACCCCACGGCCAACGACUACCACGCCUCGGCCAAGGCGCCCAUCGACGGCAGCCUGUUCUCCAUGAUCCCCGACUACAACCUCUUCCACCACCAAGGGGAUAUGGGGGUGAUGGAGCACAAGCCCUUCCAGACCAUGGACCCCAUCCGCGUCAACCCGCCGCCCAUCACGCCCCUGGAGACCAUCCGGGCGUUCAAGGACAAGCAGCAGAUCCACCCGGGCUUCAUCGGGGCGGGUGCAGGCGGCGGGCAGCAGCAUGGUGGCUCGCAGCACCCCCACUCCCACCCGCACUCGCACCACCACCCCCACCACCACCACCACCACCACCAGACGCCGCCCCAGACGCUCACGCUCAAGCCCAUCCGGCCGCGCAAGUACCCCAACCGGCCCAGCAAGACGCCGGUGCACGAGCGUCCGCACGCCUGCCCCGCCGAGAACUGCGACCGGCGCUUCUCGCGCUCGGACGAGCUGACGCGGCACCUGCGCAUCCACACGGGCCACAAGCCCUUCCAGUGCCGCAUCUGCAUGCGCUCCUUCAGCCGCAGCGACCACCUCACCACGCACAUCCGCACGCACACCGGCGAGAAGCCCUUCUCCUGCGAGUUCUGCGGACGCAAGUUCGCCCGCAGCGACGAGCGCAAGCGCCACGCCAAGGUGCACCUCAAGCAGAAGGACAAGAAGCCAGAGAAAGGGGCGAGUGCCAACAACGGUGGUAGUGUCCUGACUAGCCACACUUCGCCACCCAGCUCAUGUGGCACUGCGGGCACGAGUGGUGGUGGAAGCAUCCUGACUGUGACGACCUGUGCGUAGGGCACAAGGACAACACUGGGCAUUUGCUGGCUGGCAUUGUUGGCAUCGCUGGCACUGCCUGGCAUAUCCCUGGCAAAACUAAGACUGGCAAUUUACUACUGGGGCUUCUGUUUCCUAUUGAAAAAAAAAGACGUGAAAUUGAAAAAAAAGCAAAGCAAAGACAGAAGGGAAGGGAGGAAAAAAAUAGACAUUGAAAGACUUGUUUCCUUUCUUAUCUUUUGCCAUCCACACUCCAUGUUUGUCUUUGUUUGUUUGUCUGUUGUUUGAGUGUGUGUAAUUUGUCUUUUACGGAUAUGAUUUUUGCCUUCAUUUUAAGGUGACUUUAGGAAGAGUGUUGGCUCUGACUCAAGAGCAUAUACAGCAGGCUUGAUUUGAGUGCUGAGAGCACUUCAGAAAAGCACUAAACAGACUUCUUUCAUUUUGGAGGUCACUUCCCAGAGUGAAAAUAAGUAUACUGCAUUCUGCCUUUUUGUACGUUUAAAAAUGUAUCAUCGGCCUGCAGUCUUUAAAUGGAGAAGUAUACAGCAGGAAAAAAAGAACGAAAUAUUACUUCAGUCAGGGCUGAAUUUUGGUAAUCACAUCAAUACGGUACUGAAUUGUGAAAUGGGUCAGAUGUAUUUUUUUAUGGGACUGUUUAUUUAAAAGUGCAAUCUUUUUUUGUUUGCUUUUUUUUGUUGUUGAACGUAUGCAGCACUUUUGUUGUUGUUCAUUGUUUGAAUACUGUUUUUUUUAUCAUUCCAACAGUUGCUUGUUUUUUUAUGUGCCAAUGUGUCCACAAGUUACAGUUGUCUUGGGCACUUAGUCUUAAUUUCAGGUUUGUCUUCUGGAUGUUUAUUCAAAGAGCCUUUACAAUCCAAGUAGAGGAUUAAAUGACCAUAAAUACUGCCAGUGGUCCAGCCCUCAAACUCUGCCCUGGUGCUGUUAUUGUAUUCGAUGGUGCAUAUAGCAAGGUCAUGUCAAUUUCUCAACCUGAAUUAACUAAGAGUAGAGUAGAGUACUUUAUUGAUCCUCAAGGGGAAAGUCAGGAAACAUGGAUUUGCUGCAUACUUCAUAAAUGAUCAGGAAAACCCUCCUCAAUAAUUGAAUUAAUUUGCAUGGUGUCCACAACGUUUAAAAGGCUGUGCUAUUACUGGUGAAAUAUUGGAUGUACGCAAAUGACGAGAUACAGCCUUUGAGUAACAAAGUGCAAUACGAAUCUAAACAGGCCUUAAGCAAAGCUUCUUCAGUAUAAUUUCACGGAUCAUUCCUAGCCUAUAUGGGACAGUCGAUCAUCCCACUCUGCCUGCAUGCAUCUAGUAUUAGUAAACCUGCACGCACUGAUUUGACAGGGCUACACCAGCACCGAGACAUGAAGAGCAUACUGUUACAUGUGUUUGUAUCCACACCCGAAGACUCGACUAAUACCCGGUACAUUAACAAUGCCCAGAUGGUCCAGAUGACAUGAUGUCUUUGGUGUAAAAUGUGUACUUCAAUUUGUUUUGCUGUUGUUACCAUAAUGGCUAUUUUCCAGAAUAUUGGCGUACUGAAGUCCAUACGCACAUAUAAUACAUUAAUCAGCAUAUAAAGAUGCUUUCAAGACUGGUAAAACAGGAUGGGACACAUCUUUCACCAGAAACUCCUGCCGCAACUACUGCAGUCAUUUAGAUUUAAGGACCAUUGCAUUUGCCUUGAAAGUAAAUUUUAUUUGUUUUUGUCGGCUGUGGCUUGAUGACUACACCAGUGCCAAUUCAAAUCAUUGCGGCUCCAUACAGAAAUGAUAUAGGACCUGGCUUAAAUUCACAUAGUAAUACUGAGUACAUUUAGAGCAACCCUGAAAAUAAUGAUAAUUUUAAAAAAAAUGUGGGAAGCAAUUAUUUUGUACAGUUACACACAUUUUUUCCCCGUUGUGUUACUUGGAAUGUAAAAGACAAUAUGCUCCAGUAUUGCAUUGUGUUUGUGUAGUUGUGUGCAUAUGAAUACAAUUGUAUUCUUACACACACAUUUUUACAUUGACUGAAUGUUUAUGGAGAGGAUAAUGAAUUUCUUUUUGGAGAGAAAUUGUCUUGUACAUAGUUUGUAUUGUCACAUUGUGAGUCUGUGUGCCUGAGAGUGGAACAUUGGGGCAGUUGAAAACUUGAUACAUCCUCCAUUUUCAAAAUAGGUAAUAUAAUUUGUUAUGUGCUAAACUUUUUCAAAAAUGACUUGGAAACACACCAAAUGAUGUGUUAAUAUUACAAAAAAAUAAAGAGUAAAAUAAAUCUACAAAUCGUCUGGCGCAUCUUGAUUG